AUGCGACUAGCCCUCUCAGAACCCCUCUCCACCGUCGUCGCCAAACGCUUCGCUGCAGCCAAGGAAGGCGGCCAUCUCAUCUUCUCCCCGACCCAAGUCACCACCAUCCAGACUUCUGGGAUAUCGUACCAACUGCGCUACUGCCCCUCCCUCGCCAAAAAGCCCUCCGCCCUCCCCAAACCCGCCGACUCCGCUCAAACCGAAGCACAACGACAGGGCAAGAAGCCCGAUCCGUUCGAUAAUCCCUCGCCGGAGUUACUUGUUGCGCAGACACCUGGCUCGGAUAAUGGGGAUCAAGGAUAUUGGGUCGUGUUGAAUAAAUUCCCGAUCAUCAGGAACCAUUUCAUCCUCGCGACAAGGGAGUGGAAGAGUCAGACGGAUUUGUUGGAGAAGAGGGAUUUGGAGGCUUGCUAUGCUUGUAUAAAGGCUUGGAAGAAGGAUGAUAAUGGUGAUAAUGGGGAGAGGAAUGAGGGGAGGUUAUUCGCGUUUUUCAAUUCAGGUCCGGAAAGCGGUGCGAGUCAACCGCAUCGGCAUAUACAGUUUCUGCCGGUGGAGGAUAUGAGGCAGACGUAUGAGGGGGUGGGUGUUGAGGGAUGGAGUCCUUUGAUUGAUGUUGUUGCUGAGCGUUGUCGGAGUCAGUCUCAGUCAAAGGAGGGGUAUUUGACAGAUGACCGGUUGCCAUUCGCGCACUUCGCGCUGCCAAUCCCGACCAAUCCGUCUGCGGAGACGUUGCAUUCUAUAUAUAUCUCGCUCUACAAAGUUGCUGUCUCCGCUGUUAUCGAAGGCUCCGAGAACCCCGCUGAUUUAAGUAUACGAGACCACGGCCCUGCAGCUAUCAGCCAUAACCUUGCGAUGACCGAAACAGAGAUGAUGAUCUGUCCACGACGGAGUGAGAAUGUUACGAUUCCUAUACAAAGGAAGGAAGAAGCGAAGGGGGAGGGUGUUGUUGAACCGGGGGUCAUUGCGCUGAAUGGGACGGUUUUGGGGGGUACGUUGAUGGUUAAGAUGGAGGAGGAGUGGGAAGAGCUGAAGAGGAGUCCGGAUGUGUUGGCGGGUGUGCUGGGGAAGGCUGGGUUUCCGGUUGGGGGGAGGGUUUCGUUGUAG